AUGAAAAUUAAGGAGACGUUGAAAUCGAGUAACAAAGAAGAUGAUCAAUCAGACAUAAUAAGUCUCCGUCUAUUGGAUCUAACCGAUGUUGAUGAUUUUAUGGAAUGGUUUACCGAUGACAACGUUAAUAAGUUCUGUUCUCGUGAUGGUUUCUUAUCCAAAGAAGAUGGGAUGCGAUACAUUGCUGAUGUUGUUAUACCACAUCCAUGGUACAGGGAAAUAUGCUUAAAUGACAAGCCAAUUGGUUCAAUUUCUGUAUCAUCAUUUCAUGGAAGUGAUAGAUUUAGGGGAAAAAUUGGAUACGAGAUAUCAUCAAAGUAUUGGGGCAAAGGGAUUGCCACCAAAGCAGUGAAGAUGGUGGCGUCCACCAUCUUCGUAGACUGGCCACACUUGGCUAGGCUUGAAGGUGUUGUGGCUGUUGAUUAUGUAGGAUCACAAAGGGUGUUGGAAAAGGCUGGUUUUAUUAAGGAAGGUGUUUUGAGGAAGUACUAUCUUGUUUAA